AAAACGCUGUCAACAUGGCUGCCUCUAGGAACCUCAGCCUUUGUUUACAGUCCCUACCUGGGGUUAUUUUAUUAUUUUUGACUUAUUGUUUAAUAAUGGUAUUGGCUAAUGAAGUAGAUAGUUGUGAAAACCUGCUUUUGGGGCAAUAUCGUUGCAAAGAGCCAAAGAUAGAUGAUGCUACACAAGAGCCUGAAACCUGCAAGGAUUCAGUUGCUUGGGUGGAAUGCCUGCCUGCACGCGAAAUCAGCUGCCGCUUGGCCAAUGGGACAGAAUUUACAUUCAGCGGAAACGAAGUUGGAUUCAACAGAACUGUGCCGUGUCGAAACGUGAGUGGUUAUUCAUACAGAGUUGCAGUGGCCCUUUCACUCUUCCUUGGAUGGCUUGGGGCAGAUCGUUUCUAUCUGGGAUAUCCAGCCUUAGGCCUGCUGAAGUUCUGCACGGUGGGUUUCUGUGGCAUUGGCAGUCUGGUGGACUUCAUGCUGAUAUCCAUGCAGAUCGUGGGCCCGUCCGACGGCUCCCACUACAUCGUGGAUUACUACGGGGCCCGCCUCACGCGACUCUCCAUCACUAACGAGACCUACAGGAAGACCCAGAGUUCAUCCUAAGGAGGGGAAAGGAGGAAAAACAAAUCCAUCAGAGGGUAUUCAUUUGGCUGUGCAAGGCUAGUUGGAUUUUUGGACACCUCCCUCAGUAUCAUUGUCCUGUACACUGACACAGAUUCCACGGGUGAGAAUACAGCAUCAGACGUUCAUCUGGAUGUUGGAGGACUGGCCGUGUUCACGAUGGACCAUAAACCCCGCCCCUGCUGUGCCUCAGUAACACAGCUGAGGCUGACGGCUCAUCAGCACUCUCCUCCUGCUCCCAGCAGACUGAAUAUCGGCCCACUCUGUGUUGCUCUGUGAUGAAGUCUGUCUGUGACCACGGGUGUUGUGAUGUCACCAUUUUAAAAUGUCUGUAAUCAGGUCUGUUCCGCGCACGUAAUAAAAAAGCCGAUUGGUUCAAACGCUCACGAAGCGCUCGCCCCGCGCUCCCCCCCCUCACAGACCUCGGACCGUCGAGAACGCCCCUCUCCCCCCCCCCCCCCGGCCGCGCGCGUGGAUUUUGGACGCGGGGCGGCGUCGUUUCUCAGGUGGUGACUCACGGCGGUCCGGGCCCUCCCAUUACGAAUGCAGGGCUGCGCCUUUUCCCAGAAGGUUCCGCGAAACAGCCCGGGUUCAAGCCGUGUCAAGCGCCGUUUCAAUUUGGCUUGAGUGUGUCUGCGCUCGGCUAGCCCGCCGCGCUAUCACUCACGCAGCCCUGAGCGGAGCCAGGCCGUUAAUCACAGCCCCCGCCAUUACUGUAUCGGCCUCCGCCGGCGCGCUGCUGCGGCGCGCUGCUGCGGCGCGCUCCGGAUCGUUAGCCGCAGCCCCGCGCCCCUGCGGCAGCGGGCGUGGCAGCGUGCGCGGCGCUGCGCUGCCAUUGGAUCAUCGAUUCGCCCCGGCCUCCGGCAUCACUGUCUUUCAUAAUUCAAUUAAUAGAUUUUGCUUUCGCUAGCGUCUGGUGCCCUCGCUUUAAAAGUCUUGAAUGCCCAAACUCUCACCCGGGCCGGUAAGGGGAGCUGGAAACUGCUGAAGUGAACCAGCUCUGCGCUUUGUGUUAUAGUGUUGUAAUGCUCUUCUGCUGUUAUAGUGUGAUGUGUUGAAAAGGUCUAAGGGUUGUUUUGUGAGAGAAAUGCCCGCUCAAAGGUUUGAAUGUCUUCAUUUGUGUCACUAAACCACAGGCUUUGGGGUCCUGUUUUCACACUGCAGAGCUUCAGCAGAACCAGCUCUGUGCUGCACUUGUCACUGGGUUUGAACCCAGCUCUCAAAUGCAUUAUGGGAUUGCUAUUACAGCUGCUAACAUGGCAGAAGUAUACAGCACAGACGUGAAUUCAGAAUCUGUCAAAUAGCUUGUGUUAGCUGAUGUUAAUGUGACGUGUGCAACUCGAACCUGUUCUGGCAUUUUCUUCACAUCCUCUGGCUCCUGCCCCGAAGCCGAACGUAACCUUGUGGUCACAUCCCGAGCACCUUUAAUGUAUCCACAUCCCACAUUUAAAACCUUUUUUUUCCCCUGAAAAUGUACUUUGUAGCUAUAAUGUGUUCUCGUAGCCUUUCUGACAGUCCGGUGGUGGGAAAGAUACUCGACACGGAUGUCUUUUAUGGUCUACAGUAAAAACGUCAAACUGGCGGGUCCAUUAUAUAACGUAACGCAGGACUGGUUGAUUUCCUAUAGGAUUUCCGGGAUUCCUGUUGGACGGUUGUAAAGGUUCUGAUUGUCUCUGAGUUGUACAGUAAAUUAUACGCAGACAUGGCUGUGUUAUUUUUAUCGUAUCGUAAAGAUGCGUAAUUCUGUCGUUCUGUAUUUUUUAUUUCCCUUUCUCUUAAACAUUGUGCAUUCUGUGCGGCGGAUGGGGAGGAUUAAAGAAAGCCAGAGUGCUCUGUGGACAAGU